AUGACAUCGAACUACAGUGAUUAUGCCGUCAACGUUGAAUGCCUCACUACUCCAAAGGUGGCGGGCACGGUUCCGCCGGUGAGUGUUAACAUCGAUACGUGGAACAUCCCGCCUGGUAUUUUGCUAGCCGAUGCCGCCUUCCAUUGUCCAAACGAGAUCGAUAUGUUGAUUGGAGCUGGUCUGUUCUUUGACGUCCUUAAGCAAGGUCAGAUCAAAUUGUCCAGCACUCUGCCGACCCUGUACGAAACCCAAUUCGGAUGGGUAGUAGCUGGUACGUACGAUGAUCAGGACGAUGAUCGCCCGGUAUGUGCCAACGUUGCCGUGAACGAUGGAUUAGAGGAGUCUCUGAAGCGAUUCUUCGACCAGGAGGAAAUUGUCGAGCCUGCAAUGACAAGCACCGAGGAAGAACGGUUUGAAGAGCACUUCAAACAAACAUACCGACGUGACGACACUGGAAGAUUCGUAGUACAACUUCCCUUUCGUGAUUCUGUGAGCCAGCUAAGUAACUCCAGAUCCCUCGCCAUGAAACGUUUCUUGCUCCUAGAGAAGAGGUUGGCGAAAAAUCCAGAACUCAAGAACCAAUACACAGAGUUCAUCGAUGAGUACCGAGCCCUGGGUCAUUGCCGGGAGAUACAGGAGGAUGAGGACCCACCUGGAACUCAAGCCUACUACUUGCCACACCAUUGUGUCCUGAACCCAUCCAGUAGCAGCACCAAGCUACGUGUUGUGUUCGAUGCUACAGCGAAGGCGAGUGGUUUAUCCCUAAACGAUGUGCUGAUGACCGGACCGAACAGCCAAAGUGAGUUGUUCACCAUAGUGAUGCGCUUCCGGACCCACCCCAUCGUAUUCUCUGCGGACGUGUCAAAAAUGUACAGGCAAGUACUAGUGGACCCUUCACAGACCCGAUACCAGCGAAUCUUCUGGCGAAGCAACCCAUCGGAAGCGCUGAAGGUUUUCGAACUGUUGACCGUUACCUACGGAACAUCGGCAGCAUCCUUUCUGGCUGUGCGCUCGCUUAUUCAACUAGCACGGGACGAGAGCACGAAUUAUCCCACGGCUGCCGAGAUCAUCUUGGACGACUCUUACAUGGACGACAUCCUUUCUGGCGCGGAUUCGGUUAAUGAAGCGAUUAAACUUCGGAGCGAUAUCGAGGAGCUGAUGCUGAAGGGUGGAUUUCCCGUCAGAAAGUGGUGUUCAAAUUCCGAAGAACUCCUUGAUAGUGUUCCAGAGAAGGAUCGUGAGAAGUUGGUACCAAUUCACGACUCCAGUGCCAACCAAGCUAUCAAGGCUUUAGGACUCAUGUGGGACCCGCGGCGAGAUUUGUUCCUGUUUUGCCAAUCCGCUGAUACGACCAACCCCGAAGCAGUAGUGACCAAGCGACGUGUCCUGUCCCAAAUAGCGAGGUUGUUUGAUCCACUGGGACUCGUCGCGCCAGUGAUUGUAGAAGCGAAAAUGAUAACACAGCGUAACAAAAAUUAA